GGGAAGGCGAGGAUGAAGGAUGAGGUUUGUGCCCCGACUGGGAGGGAGCUGAACCGGGUGUUGGCUUCGGAGCGGUUCUCAUUCCCAUUAUCGUCCUCCUCUUUAUUCUUAUUUUUGUGGUCCUCGCCCUCCUUCUGCUUAUCCGUCUCACCCUCCUCCUCCUCCUCCUCCUCCUUCUCCUCCCCCUCCUCCUCUUAUCCGGGGCCGGCGGACUUCUUAUCUUCAUCCUGGUCUGGAUCUCUCCUCCUUUGAUCGUGGAGCUUGUGUCGAUCACCGACAGCGCGUGUUCACAUCCCGUGCGCGCAAAGGCUUGGAGCGGACGAUGAGACUACGGAUUUCAUGGUACAUUCUGAAGGUGACCUUCUCCGAGCGCAGCAUCGCCUCGAUGUUCGUGAACAGAGAACUGAGCUGGAGAGCUCCGACCGCCAGCGCCUGGAGCUAAGCGCCCCCAUCAAGGGCGAGUGGCUGCGCAAGGCGCGUGAGGACAGCCCGCACUUGGAGAUAAUCAAGGUGCCGCUGUCGCAGAUGAUCCCGCGGCCUGGGGCGACCGCGUGCUGUCCGCCCAGCUCCGGCUGCAGAAGCUGCCCUCGCUCUCGACGUGCCAGGAGUGCGGCCAGGCCGGGCGCUGUCUCUGGAAGUCGCCCUCCGCCGACGGCCACAAGUACUACUGCGCGGGUUGCUGGCACGCGCACUGCUGGGCCCAGGGCGUGCCCGCGAGCCUGCACGAAGCCCAGCGACUGAAGCUGCAGGAGCGGGCCUCACUGCCAUGCCGAGGUCUAGAUGGAUGGUGUCUAGAAAGACUGCGUCUUCUGACCUGGCUGCCAGCACAGUUGAGUCAGGCCAAGGAGAGGCAUGCUGGGAGGGACGGGACUUGUGGUGGUGACAU